ACGUCGGAAAGCCGAGCGGCGACGUGACGCGCAGCCCAUGGAGAGCCGUGGUACAGAAUGGGUCGGAUGAAAGGCACCAUCGGCAGCGUAGGGGCAGGCGCGCGUCUGAGUGUGGCUCUCACACAGCCCCGAUGAAAACCAUAAAUCCGCGCUAGAUGCGCCCCAUCAUAGGGAAAACCUUGUUUAGCCAAAUGUCUAGCUUAGUGACGCUUAGCGCAGGUCGUCCAUUUAAUUAACGCCAAAGACAUCGCUGCGCGCAUUGAAUCAGCUUCAUUACCGUAUUUUUUUUUUGUAAUUGCGGGUUUCUGAAUGGAAGCGGACGGGGAAGGAGCGGCAGGUUUGGCGGAGGCCGUGGAAGGCAAUCCGUCAAGAGUGUCCGCAGCUUCCGAUGAUACGGACACCGUCGUCGGCGUUAGUUACGGAAUGGACGCCGGGGACCUGGACGCAGCCGCCAGGAAGGCCUUGGUGACAGAGAUGCCAUCCUCGUCGGGACAGAUGGGUUCCGGUCCCGGGAAGAAGAUCGGACACCGGGGGGUGGACGCUUCAGGAGAAACCACGUAUAAGAAGACCACGUCUUCAGCUCUGAAGGGGGCCAUUCAGCUGGGCAUUGGCUACACGGUGGGCAACCUGAGCUCGAAGCCAGAGAGGGACGUGCUGAUGCAGGACUUCUACGUGGUGGAGAGCAUCUUCUUCCCAAGUGAGGGCAGCAAUCUGACCCCAGCACAUCACUACCCAGACUUCCGCUUCAAAACCUACGCGCCCGUCGCCUUCCGCUACUUCCGCGAGCUCUUCGGCAUCCGGCCCGACGAUUACCUGUACUCUCUCUGCAACGAGCCCCUCAUCGAGCUGUCCAACCCUGGGGCCAGUGGCUCCAUCUUUUAUGUCACCAAGGACGACGAGUUCAUCAUCAAGACAGUCAUGCACAAGGAGGCUGAGUUUCUGCAGAAACUUUUGCCCGGGUACUACAUGAAUCUGAACCAGAACCCCAGGACCCUUCUGCCCAAAUUCUUUGGACUGUACUGUGUGCAGUCGGGUGGGAAGAACAUCCGCGUGGUGGUCAUGAACAACGUGCUGCCCAGCGCCAUCCGCAUGCACCUCAAGUACGACCUGAAGGGUUCCACGUACAAGCGGCGGGCUUCCAAGAAGGAGCGGGAGAAGGCCAAGCCCACCUUCAAGGACCUGGACUUCCUGCAGGACCUGCAGGAUGGGCUGAUGCUGGACACUGAUACUUAUAGCGCCUUGGUCAAGACCCUGCAGAGGGACUGCCUGGUGCUGGAAAGCUUCAAAAUCAUGGACUACAGCUUCCUGUUGGGCGUGCACAAUAUAGAGCAGGCGGAGCGGGAUCGGCUGGCCGAGGGCCUCCAGGGUUCUGGUGGGCCGGGGGAACCACGGCCUGUGGCCCAGAAGGCCCUCUACUCCACCGCCAUGGAGUCCAUCCAGGGAGGGGCCGCCUGCGGGGAGUCCAUCGACACAGAUGAUACGAUGGGGGGCAUUCCUGCGGUCAACGGCAAGGGAGAGAGGCUGCUCCUCUACAUCGGCAUCAUCGACAUCCUGCAGUCCUACAGGCUAAUCAAAAAACUGGAGCACACUUGGAAGGCUCUCGUUCACGAUGGAGACACUGUAUCAGUCCACCGGCCCAGUUUCUAUGCAGACAGGUUCUUCAGGUUCAUGAAUACCACUGUGUUCAGAAAGAACUCCUCCCUGAAGUGCUCUCCGUCUAAGAAGGGCCGCGGGGUGCUGGCGGUGCCCCACCACAUAGGCCCGGGGUCCGUGUGGUCAGCCAGCCAGCUGGCCUAUGACCAAGACGAUGACACCUUUGACCUGCGGGGGACCCGGAGCUUCCCCACGUUGGAGGACGAUGGCCGGCCAGACCUGCUGCCCUGCACCCCUCCCUCCUUCGAGGAGGCAACCACAGCUUCUAUUGCUACCACUCUGUCCUCCACCACCUCUCUGUCCAUCCCCGAGCGCUCCCCAUCUGACACGUCUGAGCACUCGCGCAGCAGGAGACACACACAGUCCUUAAGCCACGAAGGGAGGGUUCAGGAGGAGCUCCGCAUGCAUGAGGAGGACCAGCAGACGAUCACCGUGGAGGUGGUGAAGAGGCACGACAGCGAACCCUCCAUCCUGGCCCCGGAGCUGACACCAGAACCCACCCCAGAACCUACACCCGAGACCAGCAAAGUUCCGGAGGAGGCCUCAGCUCCCAGUGAGCCCACCCUGGAGCCCGACGCAGCCAGCCAGCUUUCUGAGUGCGCGAGUCACGGCUCCCUGGAGGACGAGGAGGAGGUGCCAAUCACGGACAUCUACUUUCAGCCUCCUGAGGACAGGAGCUGGGUGUAUUCUCCUCUGCACUAUGGCACAGAGACUCAGUCGCCAUCUGACAAGGAGAGCGAGACAUAGAUUCUCCGUAGCUGACGAAGGCGAGAGGACCAGAGAGCUGUAACUCCGGGCGAAUCUGACCGCAGGGGUCACGACCCCUGUCACAUGGUGGCACGACUGAAGGCUAGAUCCCAGGAGAGAACAACAAAACAAUGCUGGGGACAGGAAAAGAGGGCGGCGGAAAUUGUGGAAAAGAAUUUUCCCACGGGACGCUAAAUACCAGUUCCCAGACUUCUCUUUUCCUCUCAUUGUAACAAACUUACAUACAUAGCAGAUCGACAGAAACAAAAAAAACACACCUGUAGUUUUAGCAUGCCCCACCGUGUGCAUAUGUGUGAGCCCCUUCUGUCCCCCAGCUGAGGGGUGUGGCCAGCCAGCCCGUGACUGUCGCCCGUGUCGGAACACAAACCACCUGCUAGCUUAUUUUUUUUAUUAUUUUUGCACCUUUUUGGACUAUGUGUAAUAUUGUGAAAAUAACAUUUUUCGUUUGUAUUUCUUAAAAAAAAAAAAUUAGGAGAGCAGCAACAAGGUACUCAGAAUAUGUUUAAAGGUGGAGGAAAACGUUAGCCUGUGCUAAACGUCGAUUUACUCUGCGACUGUAUAAGAUCCGAGCUGUUGAAAUGUGUGUUUGUUUUAUUCAGGAAUAGGUGCUGUCCACAAUCCACCCCCCCCCCCCUCCAACUUCCUUUUCAUGUGAAGAUCACCUCCUUCUGGAUAGGUAUCACUUCCUACAUACCAUGUCACUUAAUAGGUUAAACAUGAUUUUUGAGCUCGGUUUGUUAUUAUUGUCAGUUAUUGGUGCCAUGAAUGCCGUCGGGCCUGAGCAUGUGUCGGCGGAUAGCCUUAGCCUACUGGCCCUCCCCAGCCAGCCCUCCCUGUCCUCCAUGCUGUUGACUGGAGAGGAGGUGUAAGAUCUCCUAUGACAUGACCCAAUGAAACCAUCUGUCUAAAACCCAAUCCCUGAGGGAACCCACAGUAUCACUGCCCUGUGACUGGGCCCUAUGACAGGCAUGUGGUUGUGCAACAUGGGGCAUGGAAUUGCGACAGGGGCUAGUAGCCCAUAGAAGUGGCCAGUAGCCCAUUUAUGGGACUGGUAGCCCAUUGAUUGGGCUAGUAGUCCAUUGAUGGAACUGGUAGGCCAGUGAUAGGGACAGUAGCCCAUUGAUGGAGCUAGUAGUUCAUAGAUGGUAUUGCUAGUCUAUUGUUCGGACCGGUGCUCUAUUGAUGGGGGGCUAGUAGCCCAUUGAUGGACCUGGUAGCCUUAGGAUGGUAGCUGUAGUCCAUUGAUGGGGCUGGUAGCCCAGUGAUGGUGGUGGAAGCCCAGUGAUGGUGGCGGUAGCCCACUGAUGGGCCCAGUAGUUAAUCGAUGGAGCUGGUAGCCCCUUGAUGGGGCUGGUAGCCCAGCGAUGCAGCAUGGCCCAACAGCAGAGGCAGCAGGGGUGUGGUCAGACCAAACACUAAUCCAUCCUACCCCACAGUUUAGGAUCUGCUAUCUAUUGUAUAUUUUGUCCACACCUCAACCCAACCAAUGACCACAUCUGCUGGUGGCUCCGCGACAAAGACGUUUACCAGGGAAGGCCGUCUGCUUAAAAACACUGUGGCUGUGUGGCAUUCAGUCUCACCAGGUGUGUGCAUGGUGACGGAGUUUCAUGUAUCAUGUAAGGCAGGAAUGUGUUUCCAUGGGGACCCCUGCCGAAGCUCUGUUAAAACAUCUUCCAAAGAAGCACAGCAUCCUAUUUUGCUCCAGUAGAAAUGAAGCAUAUAUGCAUGUGUGAUGACAGUACGGUGUGUGAAGCUGCACUGCAUUCUGGGAGACUGGCCAAAUUACACUAAAAUUGCAGUGAAGGAAAAUGCGAUGAUGAAACGGGCAGUUUGCAGUUACCAGAUGGUCACAGACUUGUCUUCCCAACUCUGACACCUAACUGUCUGUCUUGUGAGUGGUUUGCAACCCAGCCUGCCGUGGUGGAACAUUAGGACAAUCUUCUAGGUCUAGGUUCAGCGGCAAGGUUCAAAGGUCUCAGAGAUGGCUACGUGCUUCCCCACAACCUGUCAGUCAGUAACUGCCGCUCCACUCAGUCAGCUCAUCUUUUCUUUUGUAGUCUGAGGUCUCAGAACGUCAGGUUGUACUGUAAACAGAGGGAGUGUUCUGUUGCAUAUAAAUGAAAGCACUUUUUGUAUAACUUUCACCUGGAAAACGCAGUCAUAUUACUCAGACCAUUUUUGUUUCUGUAUUGGCGUGAAGACCUGAUUUGAACUGAAUAACUGAAAAUGAGAUGCAUAAACGCAGACGUGAAGGUCCGUGUGCUGUAUAAUGGAAGACCCUGCUGAUUCUGGUUCCAGAAACAGACAAUUGGACUGAAAGCAAAGAAGCGUGUUUCUCAGUGUUCAGUGGCCAGUAAUGAGUUACUGCUAUCAGUGACUGCAAAGCAGAGGUCAACGGUCAUAUUUAUGAGUAACUACUUAGACUGCCUUAUGUUAAUGUGAGCAAAUGGCAGGUUUUAGGACCACUAAUGGGAAGUUCGUUUCUAUAAUACAUAACUUGUUUGAUUUUUAGAGUGGCGUUUGGUGAGCCGUUUGCUUCAUCGAGUUAACAACAUAGGACAGCGUUUGAUUAGUGAGAAUCACCAGUUUCUCAUGCCAGAACAAGGUGACAGGGGUUAGUGUGUGAAUCGCUCUGUGGUGGAGUCUUAAGACCAUUUAUUCAUAUUUUGUGUGUGCUUUAAAAAUGCUGUUCACCAUCUCUUGGACAUUGUUUUUAAAGCACCAAGAGUUAUUUUUUAAAUGACAUAGCAUGUUUUGUUUUGAACAUCAGUAAGCCUAUUUAUCUAUAUCUGUACAUAUUUAUUUAUUCACUCAUGAAGAUACAUAAAUGGCUUUAUAUGUGUUUGAACUCUAUACAGAAGAGAAUAAAGCAGUUCCUGCUGUAUCAAA